GGCAGCCAAUCGCGCGGCUCGGGGCGGGGCCGCGUCACGUGGCGCACGAGGGGCGCGGCGACGGCGGCCUCCCGCACGCGGCGGGCCUCGGGACUGUUAGCUGCCCGGCGGUGCCCGGUGGGGCGAGCGGCGGCGGCAGCUGGCUGCCCCCGUGAGCCGAGCCAUUCGAGACUGCAUGGAGAUCCUGCAUAGGAAACCGGCCAGGUGACCAGGGACCCGUAUCCGCCGGCUCCUGAUGACCAGUCAUUUUCGCUAAGGCAAUGGCGUGGUCCAAAAUGAGAAAUAAAUUCCUGUCGCUGACUGCAAGGUGAAAAGGAAGCAGGCGACAGACCGAGGGCUGCUGAGCAGAAGAUGGACCCCUGUGAAGACCUGGAAAGGUCCAGCCGUAGAUGUCUGGACUCCAGGGGGACUGAGCCUCUGGAACUUGAAAGAGCGCAGGCCCGGGCCUCGGAGGCCUUGGGGAGAGGACAGGAGGAGUGGAGCCAGAAGUUCCAUCUGCAGAGCCCACAGGUGGAGAGCAGCAACAGUGAACAGCAAGAUCGAAACAGAAUUUCUGAAGAACUUGUAAUGGUUGUGCAAGAAAUGAAAAAAUACUUCCCAUCAGGGAGACACAGUAAGCCAAGCACUGUCGAUGCCCUCAACUAUGCCCUUUGCUGCGUGCACAGAGUACAAGCAAACAGUGGGUUUUUCCAGACCCUCAGUCAGAGUGGAGCACCUCAAGCAGCUGCGACCACCUACAGUCUCGAGGAGCUGGGCACGGCUGCCUCGGGGUACCCUUCUAAAAACACAGAUACCUUUGUGGCAGUUUUUUCCUUUCUGUCUGGAAGGUUAGUGCACAUUUCUGAACAAGCUGCUUCAAUCCUGAAUUGUAAGAAAGAUUUCUUGGAGUCGUCUCACUUCGUGGAACUGCUCGCUCCCCAAGAUGUGAGGGUUUUCUGUGCACACACUGCCCAUGCUCACCUCCCCCUCUGGAACAGCUGGACCCAAAGAGCAUCUCAGUACGACUCCACUCUGUUGAAGUCCUUUUUCUGCAGGAUCCGGGGAGGCCAGGACACAGAGCAAGAGAAGCAUUACUGCCCAGUCCGGAUUAUCCCUUAUCUGCUGCAUGUUCGUAGCUCUGCCCAGCUGGAAUCUGAGCCCUGCUGUCUCACCCUGGUGGAGAAGAUUCACUCUGGUUAUGAAGCUCCUCGAAUCCCGGUGGAUAAAAGAAUUUUUACCACAACACACACCACAGGAUGUGUCUUUCUUGAAAUAGAUGAAAGAGCAGUGCCUUUGCUGGGUUAUCUACCUCAGGAUCUGAUGGGAACAUCCGUCUUAGCUUAUCUGCACCCAGAAGAUCGUUCUCUCAUGCUCGCAAUACACCAAAAAGUCUUGAAGUAUGCAGGCCACCCUCCCUUUGAACACUCACCGAUCCGAUUUUGUACCCAAAAUGGAGAUUACGUCAUUUUGGACUCCAGCUGGUCCAGCUUUGUGAACCCAUGGAGCCGGAAGGUGUCUUUCAUCAUUGGUCGGCAUAAAGUUCGAACGAAUCCCCUGAAUGAGGAUGUUUUUGCUACCAGAAAAAGGAAGAUGAACAGUCAUGACAAAGACAUAACAGAACUACAAGAACAAAUUCACAAACUUCUCUUACAGCCGGUUCACGAAGGCGCCUCCAGCGGCUUCGGAAGCCUGGGCGGCAGCGACUCCCGGGGGCCCUGCGUCCGCCUCGCCGCAUCCAGUGAGUCCAGCAGGCCCCGCGCCGAGGCCGCGCGCCGGGAACCGUUGCCUUCGCAGCAGGUGUACGCCAGUGGAAACAAAACUACGACUCUGGGACAGCCGCUCUACGUGGAGUCAACGGCCAAGCCCCCAGAUACGCGGGUGACAGGGACGAGCCCGGGACGGCUUGGCGAUGAGCAGAAGGCCUCAUCUACCUACCAGACGUUAAAAAACAAUAGUGUGCCCAUGGAGUCUUAUGAAGAUUGGAGAAAAGACCAGCAUAACCCAUCGUACCAGCAAAUAAACUGCAUUGACAGUGUUAUCAGAUACCUGAAGAGCUACAACAUUCCAGCUUUGAAAAGAAAGUGCGUAUCCUGUACCAAUACAACCUCUUCCUCCUCCGAAGAAGACAGACGCAACCACAAGGCAAAUGAUGCUGAAGCCUUGCACGUGGUGUCUCAGAUCCCAGCCAUAGCCAACCUGGAGAUGCCCACCACCGGGUGGCCCGCACUCGCUGCAGGAGGCACUCCGAGGACCCUGGCCCCCACGGCGCUGAGCCUGGGCUCUGGCCUGAACCCGUGCAGCUCCCGCAGCCCGCUCAUUCCCGCCCCACCACCAGAGACAGCAGAAGUGACUCCAGUAGAGGAUAUCGCCCCUGCUUGUGAGCCCUGGACAGCACACACACCCCCAGCUCCACUGCCCUCAGAAGAAUUUAAGCACAUAGGGCUCACGAAGGCUGUUGUGUCAGUGCACACCCAGAAGAAGGAACAGAAUUAUGUUGAUAAAUUCCGGGAAAAGAUCCUCUCAUCGCCGUACAGAUCCUGUCUUCAGAACGAAAGCAGAAGCAAAGCUAAACAUUUGUAUGUUCAAGGUAGAGACUCGGCUUCCAAGCAGGCCGGGUCAGCUGGCUGCAAGAAGGGGAAGCCCGGGUGGAAGAAGCCGUCGGGGCCGUGGGACAGCAGGGACGCCCCGGACACCUUCUGUCUCUGCUUGGGAGGAGACGGCCAGCACAGGGAGCCCUGGGGCCCUUCCCUCGCCUCCGCUCCGCAGGCCUCCAGCCUUCCCUUCCCGGCUGCCCUGAUGGCUCCCGACCUGGGUCCUCGCCUCGUCCCAGCCCUGCCUUCCGUGGGAAGAGAGCAUGCAGUGUCCCUGACCGCACUCAACUGGCUGCCUAAGGCCACUUUGUGGAACAACUUGCAGACUUUUCCUGCUCUCCCUUCUCCUUCUUUAGAUACUGUGAUGACCAUUUUCUUGCCUGAUCACCCUGGCUGUCCCCUGUUGUCACCAUCCUUCUGCCCAUAUGAUUUCCUGGGAGCAGCGGGCUCUUCUGGAACACCGCCCUCACUAUCUGCAGUCGCUCCACACCUGGAGCCACUGUCCUCUGUCCCCAGCCGGAGGCGGGUGGAGGGAAAAUGGGAGAUGCCGCGUGGAGAGCACCCCUGCGUUAACUCAAGGAGCAGCUCACCACUACAGCUAAACUCACUGCAGGCAGACAUGCUCGGAUCCUGUGAAUCUUCAGAUCAGACGAGAAGGGAUAUUUGUCUGGAAGCAAAGUAUUGCAUCUCGGGCAGUCGUGGGAAGAACAGUGGUUUUGCCGCUGGUGAGCUGUCCACGGCACUGCUCCACGAGGAGCCGCCAUCUGGAACGGGUUCUGCGGCAUCAGGAAGCAGGGACAGCAGUGUGGACUUCGCUAGUACUGGUUGUCCUGAAACCACCUCCAACGGGCAGCAGUCUGAGGACGCACAGGAAGAGGAAACAUUUCCCGGUUUAGCUGAGGAGGCCAUGUGGAGAAUGAUAAAGCAAACUCCUGAGCACGUUCUCAUGACGUACCAGGUACCUGAGAGGGUGACAGAGGCUGUACUGAGAGAGGACCUGGAGAAGCUGGCGGGCCUGCGGGGGCGGCAGCCCCGGUUCUCACGCAGCCAGAGGGAGGAGCUGGCCAAGGUGCACUCUUGGAUUCAGAGCCAGACUGUCCCUCAAGGAAUAGACAUCCAAAUGACAUUACGUCAUGCUGCCCACUCUUGUUCUUUCUCGGAGGGCUGCGUCACUUGCGAAAGCCAGGACUCCCUGGGCGACACCGCGGAACCCUGUGGUCAAGCUCCGGCAGCAAACAGCGGAUGAGUGGCUGUGGAGGCGCCCCGCGGGGACCCGCUGGACAACCAGACUUCUCGUGCGGGACGGGAGGGAGGUGUUGUGAGAAAUAAAGUCUCCUCGUUCCUCAUCCAAAAAAAAAAAAAAAAGACUCUAAGUGACCAUGAACUUGUCACUGAAUGUUACGGUUUUCCCUUCUUGAUUUUUUAAUAGACUUUGUUUUUCUGAAGCAAACGCUGUGUAUCCAGUCUUUUAUGUCCCCGUUCCGGGUGCAUUAAAGCUGUCAGUUAGGUGUUUUUUCUAGUUCUGCCGUCCUCUGAGGAGAUCGGAUGGCCUCUAGAGAGGUGUGUGCUCAGGCGGCACCCGAAAUCCACGGUAGUCACAAUUAGAGCCAGAAAUAGCCCCAAAACUUGGCCACCUUCAUUUCCUUCUGGUGUUACAGAAAUCACUUUCCCUGGGAGAGGACUUGACAUCCCACCUGCAGGCCAUCUGCUUUUCAGAAUGGUUCCCAGAAAUGAAGUUUCCUCUGGUCCUCGUGCAGCUUGGCCUUUCCCUCCGUAAUUUAGGUGAAACGUUCUCAUUUGCCCACUGCUCGGGUCACUUCGGUAUCUACCAGUAAUAACAAAUACCACCCAUCGGUACACCGGGAGUACCUGCUUGUCGGGGGUGGAUUUUGAGCUUUGUUCUCAUAGACGCCUUUCCUUUUAAUUCUCCGCCUUCCACUGAAGUUCCCAAAGUCCUGCCCUCACAGUGAAUCUACUCACCACAAGCUUGUUCCUCGGAAGCUGAAGUUAGCUUUUGCAUGUAUGACGUUCAAACAGAGAGAGCUCCUCACUCAACCCGUGGUAUUCCCCUUUCUGAUGUUUUUGUUUUUAAAAUAAUGACUGCAAAGUUUCAGAAGUCAUGUAAAAAAUAAUUUUUGUUCUUUUAUGCCUCAGUGUUUUAAUGUUGUCUCGCCCAAAAUCAACAGUUAACUCUUUCUUUCCUACCAAUUUAUACACAAGAAGUCUGGCCAUCUUUGCCGGAGAUCUGUAAGUGCCAUGAAGGGCUGCGUGGGGACAGCAGUGGCCUGUGGGAGCUCCGCCGUCCUCACAGGCAUGCAGAAGCGGUCAGAGAUCAGUGCUUCCUACGCCGCCAUAAUUGCGUCUUCAAGGAAGUGAGUGGGUCGUUUACUUGAUAAGUUCACUCCCUGCUCUUCAGAGAAGUCCGUGGUUCCUGCCCAGACUCUGGAUGACGUGUGACCCACACAGAUCAGAAAGAGGACCAGAAGCCAGUAGUGGAGCAGCAGUAACCUUUCAUCUUUUAUCUAACAGACUGAGCUUUCUUUUUUUGUUUGUUUUAUUUUGUUUUUUGUUUUGUUUUUAAGAAAACACUCUUCCUCCUUUGAAGUUUCAUACCUUUUUAUAAAAGUGUAUCAUGAUAAUGGUUAGGAGACUUGACCUUUUUAUCUGUGAUUGCAUGAUGACUGCUGGGCCCUGAUUCUCAAUUCCCGUAGCUCAGGUUUGCUUUCUAAAAUGGGUUUUCCUGGAAGGCAGUUCUGUGCGUCCAAGCCAUUUUCAAAUGCUGAGCUGUUCCGUGCAAGUGUUGCGGCAUUAGGACAGGGGAGCUCAUGCUCUGCUCGGUCCGGAUGGCUGAGCGAUUUCUGAGCCCUCAUCGUGGCGGUCAGGUGGUGUGGUAUUUUUGCCCUUGGUGAGAAAUCAAAUUUUAAAAAACUAACCAGCCCGGAUGUUGUCCAUCAGUGUACUCUUCGUGACCUUCUGCAGGGACAAAAAUUUUAAUCUGCAUAAAUCAGAAAUGACGCGUGGCUGUCAGAGGUCACGCAGCUUCGUGCAGCAUGUUUUGUACCUUAUGUUCUCAAUCGUGGAAGCAACUCUUUUUCAGUCUUUCCGGUACUGGUUUUAUCUCACUUUGCUGAUCUCUUUGCCUUAGCACACAUCUUAUGGAGUGCACCUGAUGCCGGACUUGGUAGGAAACUGGUGCUUGCUGUAGGCAGAGCUGUAAUACCGUGUGUAUCUUUCCUAUGUUGACAAGUAGCUUAGUUGGCGUAUGUAGGGAUUGGACCGUGACGUUCGCGCUGCUGGAGCAGGCGGAGGCUCAGCAGUGAUGCUGCUGCCCCCCAAGGGGGCUGUAUCCACUUCUACACUUCGUCGUGCAAGUUUAUUAACUUUUUGUAUUAAUAACUACAGGAAUGGAUAAUAAAAAUGUGUAUUAUAGGCUUUGAUGUUUACACAAAUAUUACCCAAAAGGCUGCAUUUUCUUGGGUAGGAGGUCAGGAUUUAUGAAAAACAGAAUGCUGUGUGAACGGAGUUGUUUUGCAAUUAAGUAAAACUUCAUUAUAAUUCUCAAAGUCAAUUUAAUCUAAAUUGAAAUUUUGUUUCAGCAGAAUUUAUAAUUGUAUGAAUUUACUUGUUUUUAAUGGUUAUUAAUACUUCAAUCAGGUAUCUUUUUCAAGUUAAAACAAAUAAACUGUGUACAUGUAGAACCUGA